AUGUUCAUCCAGUCCUCUUCCCUUUGCAAACUACCACAUGAAAUAUUCGAGAAUAUCGUCCUAGAACUCAUCUCAGACGAUGGCCCCAUCCUCCCACUUCUCCAAUCUUGCAAACAAAUAAAUAAUAUCCUCGCUUUCACUCAAAAUACCCAUCUAUACUCUCGCAUCUUUCGCUAUAGAUUCAACUCAGCCGCAUCAGCCAGACGACUCGGUGCUCGUACUCACCACUCUCGCCAUCUUGCUCACCAGUUGGCGUGGUACUCGAACGCUUUAAAAUGCAUCAGAAGGGCGGAUAUUUACGAUAACGGCGUCCUAGACGCUUUCUGGGCUUCUUUCGCACUCAUGUCUGAGAAUGACGGAAAGAAUCGUCAUCUCCUCGAGGCAGCGGGUCUCCCAGAUUUCGUAGAUGAGUUUGUUCGCAACCGCCUAUACCAAGACUCCGCCAAUACCAAUGGCUGGCCCAACGAAUCUCCCAUCAACUGUCUUGCAUUAUGGCUGCUUUGGUUCACCAGUACAGAAGAGCGUCUCAAAGCCGAGUCGACCGUCCGACGCAACGAGAUAAUCAGACUCGUCCUCCCUUUUGUCAUCGUUCCCUUUCGCUAUCCUUCAGCUCAUGCUCCCCACAAUCACUUCACCAUGCCCCUCACAGAAAACUCGAACGGCCACCUCCGUCAGUCCAUUAUCCCCGCACAUGGCACCUUCCCAAUCUACCGUGCCGGCAGAGCCCACACAACCCACUUCUACGACCGCACAGACUUCGAGAUUGGCAUUCCACUUUCUUCCACGGCUGCAAAAUUGAUCUUCUUUUCACGUCGCCAAGUAACACCUAUCGGAAUCCCAAUCCAUCUCCCACUCACUCGUCAACAUGCUUUCCAACUCGGUUUUGGCGACCAAAUCGGUCCCACUCAAGAAGACGUCCACGAACUCAACCAACAUAAAGUCGUCAAGCACCCUUCUCUUGCCUCCGACUCCAUUCGAACUCCCAGUUCCCAACUCGACGACGACUGGUACCGCCUCACAGACUGCAUCUAUCCAAUGCAAAAAUCAUCCCUCAAGAACGCCCAUUACACCUACGGCUCCGCAACAGGUCUCUGGCAAGGUCGUAUCUUAGUCCCCACCGAUAAUGCAUUCGCCGCAAUCCUCCAGCAUGUUCAAAUGCCGGAAGAAUUCACAGAACAACAGCUCUUCCUGAACGCUUACCCUCUCUUCAUGCGCCUUCGUGAAUAUCACUGCGUGGACCCCCAGGACCCUGUACCGACUGGUGGGGCAGAUGAUGGGUUUGAUGAUGGCAUUUCGAACGCUUGGAUACCCAGGGGCGUGCAUUUACACGAGGAUUUGGCGAGUCGCUUUCUUUCCACUGGUGUGAUACUGAUCCCAAUACUGAUUAUCGACCAACAGUCCGAAGGCAAACUCAAACUCCAACAUCACGAUCGCACAUACACAUACGAAGCUUAUCGUCCAGGCUUAGCAAAUUCUCAUGACGAAGCUACUUGUCGCGGAUGUCAAUACCGUGGGACGUGCAAUAUCGUUUAUAGGGAGCAUGAUGAUCAGUUCUUAGCCGAGCGAUCUCAGGGUGACGAGAGCGAUACAGAUGCUGAUGUUGAUGUGGGUGACGACGAUGGUCAAUUCCUACAAGACGCUUCUGCACAGUACGAUACGGUCAUCGACGACAUCUUCGAAGCGAUGGACGAAGAUUCAGACUACGAGAGCGACGAGGAGUACUGUGUGGAGAGGAAAUGUAACGGUGUGCUUGAUAUCGCACUCGUCGGCGAGACCGACUACCAACAUGGCCAGGCGUGGAACCACUACAAAUUCUAUGGCCGCGUCCGCGAAUGGGACGGACUCGUUGCGCUCGUUCGUAUCCCUGCACACCAGCACUCGCAUCCUGCGGUCGGACUCGGAUUGUGGGUAUUCAGCGGGUAUAUUGUUGGAGGACAAAAUUUCGUGGGGACGUGGCGGGCAUUGGGGGAGGUGAACCCCGUUACCCCUACCCUUGAGAGCGCGUUUGCCAUGACAAGGAGGGAGGAGGGGUCGUGA